AUGCUCAUCUCGUUCCUGAAUCUCGGCGUGGACCCAUGGCUGGUCAAGCGCUGCGAGCUGCUGGGCAUCCGCCACCCGACGCCAGUGCAGGUUCAUUGCAUCCCUCCCAUCCUGUCCGGACGCGACGUCAUUGGCUGCGCGCAGACCGGUAGCGGCAAGACGGCGGCCUUCGCACUGCCCAUCCUGCACACGCUAAGCAAGGACCCGUACGGCCCGUACGCGCUGGUGCUCACGCCCACGCGCGAGCUGGCCUUCCAGAUCGCAGACCAGUUUAACGCUUUCGGCAGCUCCAUGGCCGUGCGCUGCGCCGUCAUCGUGGGCGGUGUGGACAUGCUCAAGCAGUCGCUGACGCUGCAACAGCGACCGCACAUUAUCGUGGCCACGCCCGGCCGCUUCCGCGACCACCUGCUGCGCGUGGAGCCACCCAACAUCUCGCUGGUCAAGUACGUGGUGCUGGACGAAGCCGACCGGCUGCUGGACGUAUCGUUCGCCAAGGACCUGAGCUUCAUCUUCGACAAGCUGCCGGCCAAGCGGCAGACGCUGCUCUUCUCGGCCACUAUGACGGCCAACCUCGACAGGCUGGAGCAAACCGCGCUGUCUGAUGACGCGUUCCGCUUCGAUACCACGCCUAGCGUGAAGACCGUGGCCACGCUCAAACAGUUUUAUUUAUUCAUCCCGGCGCAGGGUAAGAAGGACCAGGACCUUGAGCAGCUCCUGGAAGCCGCCACCUCGUCGUCCAAGCGCCAGCUGCGCUCCAUGAUGAUCUUCGUGUCCACGUGCAAGAUGUGCGAGCUGGUGGGCGAGAUCGGAAACGAGCUCGGCACGAAGUGCGUGACGCUGCACUCAAUGAUGUCGCAGAACCGGCGGCUGGCCGCGCUGGGCAAGUUUAAGAGCGGACUCAGCCACAUCCUCAUCAGCACGGACGUCGCGAGUCGUGGUCUCGACAUCCCGGAGGUGGACGUCGUGCUCAACUUCGACCUGCCGCGCGACGCCGACGACUACAUUCACCGCGUGGGUCGUACCGCCCGAGCCGGCCGCAGCGGCCAAGCCAUCUCUCUCGUAACGCAGCACGACAUCGAGCUGCUGCAGAACAUCGAGGCCAAGGUGGGCAAGAAGAUGGACGACUACGAGGCGGAGGCGCCCGAGAAGAAGGUGCUCGAGCUGCUGAACGACGUGACCACCGCCACGCGCGUGGCGAAGAUGAAGCUGACUGAGCGCGGCUUCGACGACAAGGUGCACGCUCGCAAGGCCAAGCGCCAGGAGCAGCAGCACAACAACCGCGAUGGCAACAAGAAGAAGCACAAAAAGCUCAAGCCCGCUGCAGCAGACAACCAAUAG